CAGCCCAGGCCCGGGGCCGGCGCUAACCCAGGGCUGCUGCGGGCCACGGGCCCCGGCCCCGGGCGAGCGGCUCCCAGCGCGCGGCGGCCGCCCCGGCUGCUCACCAUGCCGGCCAAGCAGCAGCGCUUCCAGGAGCCCGAGGUCGGCUGCUGCGGAAAAUACUUCCUGUUCGGUUUCAACAUUGUCUUCUGGCUGUUGGGGGCUGUGCUGCUGGUCAUAGGCUUGUGGGCCUGGGGAGAAAAGGGGGUCCUUUCCAAUAUCUCCUCACUCACCCACCUGAGUGGCCUGGAUCCCGUGUGGUUCUUCGUGGUGGUUGGAGGUAUCAUGUCUGUGUUGGGCUUUGCUGGCUGCAUUGGGGCUCUUCGGGAGAACACCUUCUUACUCAAGUUUUUCUCAGUGUUCUUGGGUCUCAUCUUCUUCCUGGAGCUGGCCACAGGAAUCUUGGCCUUCGUCUUCAAGGACUGGAUCAGGGACCAGCUCAAUAUAUUCAUCAACAACAACGUCAAAGCCUAUCGGGAUGAUAUUGACCUGCAAAACCUCAUCGACUUUGCUCAGGAAUAUUGGUCAUGCUGUGGAGCCCGAGGGCCCAGCGACUGGAACCUCAACAUCUAUUUUAACUGCACUGAUAGGAACCCCAGCCGUGAGCGCUGUGGGGUGCCCUUCUCCUGCUGUGUCAAGGAUCCUGCGGAGGAUGUUCUCAAUACCCAAUGUGGCUAUGAUGUCCGGCUUAAACUGGAACUGGAGCAGCAGAGCUUUAUCCAUACAAAAGGCUGUGUGGGCCAGUUUGAAAAGUGGCUCCAAGACAACCUGGUUGUGGUGGCCGGGGUCUUCGUGGGCAUCGCCAUGCUCCAGAUCUUUGGCAUUUGCCUGGCCCAGAAUCUUGUGAGUGACAUCAACGCGGUGAAAGCCAAUUGGUGAGGGCGCAGAGGGUGACUCCAAGCCGGCAGCCCCAGGCCUCGGAGGGUGGGCCGCCCCGGCCAGGGCCAAGGCGGUUGUGUGGACGAGCUCCGGGGUGACCGGCAGGCCCACCUUGAGGACUCCACUCGGCACCACGCUGGAUGGCCCUGGCGCCCCUGAGCUGUAGCAGCCGGGUGGGCCACAGGGAGGGUAUUUAUAUUUAGGUUACAGAGAACUGUACAGAGUGGGGGUGGGGUCCGUGUCCAUGCCGGGGCGAUGGAAGGGGCGCAGCUGCUUAUCCCCCCUGGGCACAGCUGUGAAGUCCAGAGUUGAUGACAAGGACUUCUGGGGUGGCUGGUUGUCAUGGAAACAGCUCCAUGUAAUGAGGGGUAGGGGGGAGAAUAAAAGGUUCUAAAUUGGGUACUGGUUCCUGAGAGAGCUUGUAAAAGGAACAGUAUCCUUCCCUGAUGCUACCCAGACCCAGACCCUGCGGUGAGGGGGAGGGUGUGUGCAGGGGAAAGCUGGGGUGGGGAGGGGUUCUGCUAUUGCCCCCACCAGCCCGUGGAGAUUAAUAAACUGUCCUCACCCUCAUCA